AUGCGCAGCUUGAUUGGGGCCCUGGAGCAUUUGCAGCGAGUGAAGACCCUGAUUAUCAAGGAGUGCAGUGAUAUCACGUGGCUGCCCGUGUCUCUUCCCCGCCUGCCUGCACUCACCGAACUCACCCUUGACAUGGGACGACUUUCAGUGCUGCCCGAAGAUCUCGGGCAGCUGUCAGUGCUUCGAACGCUCGUGCUGAACCUGAGGAGUCUCACAGCCUUACCUGAUUCCAUCGCUCUGGUUACCACACUGAAAGAGCUCUCCCUCACUGAUCUUCUGAAUCUGACACAUCUGCCCCAGGAGUUCGGUCAGCUGCUUUCUUUGGAGACGCUCUGCCUGAAGCGUGUUCCGCGCCUCACCCGUCUGCCUGAAUCCUUUGGACAGCUGGCAGCUCUUCGAGAGGUGAAAUUUUUGGAGUGUGGGCAGCUGCAGCAGCUCCCGGCGUCCCUAUCCCAGCUAUUGUCUCUCGAGUACCUGGAGUUGAACUACUGUCCGCGCCUCACGGUGCUGCCAGACGACAUGGGGAAGGGUCUGCAGUCCUUGCGCCAACUGCUUCUACUGGACUGCACCGCUCUCACCCACCUCCCCCCUUCCUUUUCCGGCCUGAUCUCCCUCGAAGCCCGUAAGAUUCUACACGCGAAACGCUUCAGGGGCACGCUGCUAGACGGCUUUGGCUGCUUGAAGAGCCUCAAGGAGCUGUCGCUUGAUGGUAUGCCACGCCUAUCCACCCUUCCUGCUUCCUUCUCGGGCGUUUCUUCACUCACCACCCUGGAAGUGGGGAAUUGCCCUAAAGUAGCGGUCCUGCCUGAGGGAAUCGGACGGCUGGAGAAGCUGGAGGAGGUCAGGAUCUUUGGGAUGGACGGCCUGAUUUGUCUCCCUCCGUCGCUUCUUGACCUGCCUUGUCUGCGGGCGCUGGACGUGCGGGGGUGUGAUGGGCGAGACACAAGAGGGCUUCCUGCAAGGAGAGCGGAGGAGGAAGAGGAGGGGGAGGAGCGAGAGGAGGAAGGAGAGGAGGAAGGGGAGGGAGGGGAUGCGGAAGAGGAAGAGGGGGAGGAGGGAGGCGAUAUGGUCGGGGAAAGGGAAGAGGCGGGCGGGGAGGCAUCGGAGGAGGAGAGUGGUGGUGAGGAUGAUGAUAUUGAACAUGAAUAUGCCUUGGACAGUGAUUAUGAGAUGGGUGAUGAUGCAGGCUGGGGGGAGAGCGAUGAUGAUGAGUAG